ACGACCUUGUUUUUGUUGAUGUUUAAUUUGAGUGCGGCUGCGCGCUGCUCAAUGCUUUCGCCGUUGCUGACGCGACUUGGCAGGGAAAAAAGAGAGUGUGUACCCUCUGGCACUAGCUAGCGACGUUGUCGAAACGGAAAAGGGAGUACGGCCAGAGUUUAUUAUUAGUUGGGCGCCCGUAAGACCAACUGAUGAUACCAAAUCAGCGGCAAUCUUAACCAGCGACUAACCAACCUCUCCCGUAUGUGAUCGCCCUUGCUCGUCGUCGGACGCUGCCAGCGAGGGCCAAGGAACAAAAUAGCAUAUCGCCAUUAUAUGAUCCAGUGUCCAGCGUCACUUUUACCCUCCAUGUGGGUGAGGGAGCUGUGUGUAUCAGAUUAUGGCGAGAAAAACAGUUAGCAGGAAAAGGAAGGCAGGAGAGCCCAAGGACCAACAACAGCUGGGCUGGUGUCAAGCACCACACAAGCGGAGCCGUGUUUCUUCUUCAUCACGUCAUGCCCAGCAGUGGUGGUGCAGCCGGCGCUCAGUGGUAUGUGCCCUCCGGGGGCGGGAGUUCAGACCCCAACAGCAGCACGAGUUGAGGCUCCAGCGGAGCCUCCGAGGCUUUGCAGCCGGCAGGCUCCCAGGCAUCCUCAAGGAAAGGGAGUUUUCCCUGGGGAGACUCAACAAGGUGUUUGCUUCACAGUGGCUCAACCACAGGCAGGUGGUCUGUGGGACCAAGUGCAACACGCUUUUUGUAGCUGAUGUCCUGACUGCGCAGAUAACACGCAUUCCCAUGCUGAAGGACAGGGAGUGUCGGGGUGGAGGCUCUGGGGUGGUGGGUGCAGUGGUGGCAGGGCGGCAUUACCAACCCACAGGAGGCUCUCGUGCCCGGCUAGACCAGCAGGGCUGUGGGAUCCACGCCAUUGAACUCAACCCCUCCAGAACACUGCUAGCCACCGGAGGAGACAAUCCCAACAGCCUGGCCAUCUACCAGCUGCCAACACUGGACCCUGUUUGUGUGGGAGAUGAAGGUCACAAUGACUGGAUCUUCUCCAUAGCAUGGAUCAGUGACAACAUGGCAGUUUCUGGGUCCAGAGAUGGCUCCAUGGGCCUGUGGGAGGUGACAGAGGAAGUAAUGAGUCAGGCCGAGCGUAGUCAGAAUGAGGAGGCAGUGCCCUCAUACGCCCACAUUUCCCACCGUGCCCUCAAGGACAUCCCAAAGGAGUACACCAACCCAUACAACUGUAAAGUUCGUGCUCUGGCCUUCAACAACAACCACAAAGAACUGGGUGCUGUGUCUUUGGAUGGCUAUUUCCACCUCUGGAAAGCUGAGCACAACUUGUGCAAGAUACUGUCUACCAAGCUGCCUCACUGCAAAGAGAAUGUGUGUUUGGCAUAUGGACAAGACUGGUCAGUGUACGCUGUGGGUUCUCAGGCCCAUGUUUCCUUUCUGGAUCCACGGCAGCCUACACACAGCAUCAAGUCUGUCAAUUCAAGAGAGAGAGGAAGCGGGAUCCGCUCAGUGAGUUUCUAUGAGCAUAUCGUGACGGUGGGAACAGGCCAAGGUUCUCUUCUCUUCUACGACAUCCGGGCCCAGAGAUUCCUGGAGAACCCUUUGAAUCCAACCGGAGGGUACCGGAAGUGCCCAGGAGAUGGCAUCCUCAAACUCUCUACAGGGAAAGGCUGGCUGAAUCACGAUGAGACGUGGAGGAGUUACUUCUCAGACAUUCAUUCCUUCCCCAACGCGGUGUACACCCACUGCUACGACGACUCUGGCACAAAGUUGUUUGUAGCAGGUGGACCACUCUGCUCUGGCCUGCACGGCAACUACGCAGGGCUGUGGAGCUAGCCUCUUCGUCUCGUUCAUCGCUCUAUCACUACAUCCUCGUCCAGAUUUUUUCCUAACUAGUCCCUCCAUCCCUCUCCCUCUUCAAGUCCAUCACUGUCUUUGGUAUCCCUCUUGCUCAUUGAAUUGUCACUCUGUUUCUCUCACACGUGGACUCAGGAGCAUGAUCUUGCCCCCACAACGUAUUACCGCUUUGAAUAUUGUUGUUGUGUAUAUUUGUGCCCACCAUUACACUAUCCCUUCCUCCUCCAAUUAUUCCUUUGCUCCUUCCACCUCAGCUACUCAGUUUUUUUAUAUGGAAAUGUAAAAACAAUUAACUAGUAAUUUUCAAGAGCUGCGAAGUCUGCCACUGAGGAACUCAGAAUAGUUUUAAUAAACGUAAAGAAUAAAGUAAUACAAGAUCUUAUCAUUUAAAACAUCCAACCCGCAGGGAUUAGGCUAUGGUCUUUUGCUGGCUUGUUUUGUAUGUAAGGAUAGUGUUUACCGCUGCUUCCUCUGUGAUAAAUGACAGCGUCUUUGUGAAAUACCUGUGGGAUUUUUCUCCCAAAAGUUCUGUUUUGUUCUCUCACUGAAAUGGACGGCAAUAAAAAGAGAGGGAGAGAGGAAGAAGGACUGAAGAGACAAUUAAUUUCCAAAGGACUGAAUCGGAGUGCAGUUUGACGUUGGAUAGAGAAUAUUAACUGGUUGGAACAGCCCGUCCUGUCCCACAACAAUCACAAAGAACUUCUCUCUUCUCGUGGCAGAAGUAUAAAACGAAGAAGCCAAUCAAAAUGGGACUUUGUGUUCAUGUUUUUCUGACUGAGAUGUAAAGGAGAAACAUUAAGAUUGCUAAAUGCAGUGUUCUGCUAUGAGUUAAUCCCAACAAAUGCGUAUUUUAUUUUUUGACUGUGUGUGAUUUGACAGGCAUACCCCUGCUGAUAUUCUAAUUUGCUUUAUUUGUAUUUAUUUUCUUCUCUGUCACCUUUAUUCAGUUGGUCUGGGGUGUUUAUAUCUGCUUCUUUUGAAGGAUAUAUUGUCUAUUUGCCCUUCGCUUAUGUUCCUGUUCUCUUAGACCAGAAUGCUUUCAGCAGAUUUGUCCAUUAGUGGUGUUUAAAUUCUGAUCUUUAACCAUUCUGGUAUUACUGGAGAAUUUACUCUAAGGUUUUAGGUUGUGGUAGCAAGUUAAGUAUCAUCAACAGUGAUGAUUGAUAGAAAGAGGAACCUUGAAUGACUGUGUUGAAUCCUCCCUCCAUGAUUUUGGGACUCCUCAACAGGAACUUUGGAGAAGAUCUGUAGUAGCUCACUUUGAUCUUCCCAAACAUCUAGCAAGAAGGUUGCAAGGAGAACUAAUGAUCAUUUUUGGACUCUACCCUGGAGUUAGAUGCUGCAGGCACAUACAUUUGUCACAGUUGUAAAACUUUAUUUUUUCCUCUUUUUUUAUACCAAGGAGUGAGUGAUUCUACUCUUUUCCUUGUUUGAUAGAGGCAGGGUAGGCUUGAGUUAUGUUUUUGCCUUCCUCGGGUCUUUCUGUGAAAGACUGGCACAGGCGAUCAUAGUUUUCCUUUUGUACAUGGAACUUUCUCUAGUUUUCAUGAUAAUGACAUAUGAAAAGAGAAACCCCAAUUACGACCACAAUUUGAACAAAUAACCAACACUUUUAAAGUGUAUUUUAUAUAUAAAUGUGUAUAUGUAUGUGUAAAAUGCAUAGGGACAAUUGCAUACAUUUUUAUGUAUAUGUCUGAGGAAGUGUGUGGAUUGAUCUGUCUACUUGGUGAUGCCCUGUUUUUUUUUUAUACAUGCCUCAUGAAUGUUUUUACAAAUGACUGAAUCUGAGGAUGUUGUAAAAUAUAAACAUCUGGGAAAAAACAAGCUAUUAAAUCUUUAAAAAAGAGUAAAUAAUAAAAAUAAAGUGUAUAUUGA